UAUCUCGCUGCUGACAAGCCCGACGCGCAGCAUGCUGUCAAAAAAGAACAAAGAUCUGAGAACGAUCAAGGAAGGGGUGGUCGGCAAAUACGUGAAGAAGGAGACGCCACCCGAGAUGCCGAUUAUCAACGUGUGGACGACAGAGCCGAACAAGAGGCAGAGACGGCGUAACAAUCAUCCGAUGAUACCGAAUUCUACGUCCAUUUCUCCGCAACCUAGUAUGGUGCAAAAGUUCGGAAAUCUGAAAACCACGACCAGCGCCGUCGGUCUGGGCAGCCAUGAGGGAAAGUACACGCCAAACAGUUCCGUUCCCAACUUAGCUCAAAGAUUUGCCAGCCUUUCCGUUAAUACCGGAAUGAACGACAGCAUGUUUUCGAGAACCGCGACACCCGUGUACCAUCCCGAACUAUCGCCCGCAAUGUCGCACACUUAUAUGAAUCAAUACGCUGGAUCCGAGUACCACCUGGACAGGGUCCAGACACCGCAGAUGCCUUACAUGCCUUUCGACGUCGAUUCUGGUUACGAGGACUACAAUCACUCCGUUUAUCGUCACAAUGCCGGCUACAGUAGGUGCUAUUCGGAGAGAUCGAGUUCUCGGAGUGAACAGCAGCAGGACGAGUUGCCUUUGCCGCCCGGGUGGUCGGUCGACUUCACGCUUCGCGGCCGAAAGUACUACAUCGACCACAAUACCAAGACCACGCACUGGUCGCAUCCGCUCGAGAAGGAAGGUCUGCCAACGGGAUGGGAAAGAAUUGAGUCUCCCGAAUACGGCGUUUAUUACGUCAACCACAUCACGCGCCAGGCGCAGUACGAACACCCGUGUUACCCGCACGAGAUGCAAGCGGUGCGGGUCGUGUCGCCACCGCGGCACACCCACUUUCACUCUCACAGCGUCCUGGUGCCGGCCAAUCCUUAUCUCAACGAGGAGAUACCGCACUGGCUGUACGUCUACAGCAGAGCCUCGAUAGCCUUGGAUCGCAAGCUGCGUUGGGAACUGUUCCGCUUGCCCGAGUUGGACUGCUUCAACGCCAUGCUCACCAGGCUGUACAAGCAGGAGCUGGAGGAGGUUGUGAUGCGUUACGAAGAGUAUAGAUCGGCGUUGCUAUGCGAGAUGGAACAGAGACUGAAGGAAUUGAAUCCGGAAUCUGGCGGGUCCAACGUUGGCGCUAUUGCCUUACGGAGAUCUCUUCCCUGAGAGAGAGAGAGAGGUCUGCCGAACCAAUCAAUUGUUAUAUAUAUUGUACGUUUAUCUCUUGAGUGACCGAGGAAAAAGUUUCUCCCAGGCGUUACACUGAGUGAUUGAUAGCUCUGUAUUUUGUACACGUAUAGAUAGUAUAAAGCCCAACGAAAUUUAUCUCUUUUUGAUAAUACAUAUUAUAUGACGCUACACGAGAGAAAUAAUAAAUAAUAAUUAAGUGUUACCUAAUUCUCGUCCGUCUUUGGACUUUCACCCUCCUUGGUUUCUCUCUCUAUCU